AUGGCGGACUUAUCGUCCAUCCCAAACCCAACUCCCAAGCAGUUUAUGCAAGAAUACCACUUCUACCGCGACCAGCAACCAGCCCUCUACAGUCAGCAAGCUCUUUACAACGAGAACGGGGAGGUCAAGGGCUACGAUGCGGGUUACAAACCCGGUUUUGAGCUCGGUCGGCGGUCCGCUGUGCCGGUGGCAUAUCAGAUGCAUUUAUCUGCGCUGGGCGAGAUCUUUAGAAGGGCCAAGGAGAUCCGGGCGGACUUGCAGGUGAAGCUGAACGCGUCGUCUGGCCUGAACAAUGGCAUGGUUCACGGCCAGGGUCACCGUGUGGCUCCUACUGGGAUGAUGGUGAAGUUGGGGACGGAGCUGGGGAAGCUGGAAGGGACGGUGGAGUAUCUGGUGAGGAAAACGGCUGUUGCGGCGGGUGAAGGCGGAUUGGGGUUGGAUGAGUUGACGAGCAUGGUUGUAGGCGGUGGUAACGAAGGACGACGGGAUGGGGUGGAACUCUGCGAGUUUUUGAGGAUGGCGCUGGACGGUGAGAGGAGGGGAUGGGGGACAGCGAUGAUGGAGAAGAGGAAGCAUGGAAACUCGGAGAAGGGGGGGUAG